AUCUUAACUCUAACCCCUAGACAUGAAGUGUGAUCCAGUUGAUUCUGCGAAGCAGAAGACUGCGGAUGACGGUGCAAAAAUGGCAUUCGACAUCAAGCUUUUUGCUUCGAAUGUAUUUACAGAUCAGGAAAUGGUGAAUAGAGUGCCCAAGACAAUCUAUGACUCUUACAGGACCGCUGUUAAAUCAUUUGUAUCCCUCGAACCAAAAAUUGCCGAUGUCAUUGCGGUAGCAAUCAAAGAUUGGGCAAUCUUCAAGGGUGCCACUCAUUACACCCAUUGGUUUCAGCCUAUACACAUGUACACCGCUGAAAAGCACGAGUCCUUCAUUACUCCUAGAGGAAAUUUCAAGGCCAUCUUAGGAUUUACUGGUACUCAACUACUUCGUGGAGAGCCAGAUGCCUCUUCGUUUCCGAAUGGUGGUGCUCGCAGUACCUCUCAGGCUCGUGGAUACACCACUUGGGAUCCGACAAGCCCCCCUUUCGUUCGAUAUUUCGAUGGCGCGUGUGUCCUGUAUAUACCUACUUGUUUCUGCUCCUGGACCGGCGUCGCACUCGACAUGAAGACCCCCUUGCUUCGUUCGUGCCACACAAUUUCUAUGGAGGCCACUCGCUUGCUGCGACUUUUGGGCGAUAAUUAUGUCGAAUACGUCGACAGUAACAUUGGCGCCGAGCAGGAAUUCUUUGUCAUAGACAGUAAGGACUAUAAAGAAAGGGUGGACAUAGUCUUUUCGGGGCGCACUAUCUUCGGUGCGAAGCUCAUUAGGGGUCAAGAAUUGGAAGACCAAUAUUUUUCAUCUAUUCCCACUCGCAUCUUGGCUUUUAUCCAAGAAGUUGAAUUGGAGCUCUGGAAGCUCGGCAUCUCUGCUCGCACUCGCCAUAGAGAGGUCGCUCCUGGACAAUACGAAAUGGUAGCCUUAUAUGAGUCCGCGAACCUUGCUGCCGAUCAUAACGUGCUUCACAUGGAAAUUUUACGAAAUACCGCUUCGAAGCACGGUCUUUCCGUUCUACUUCAUGAAAAGCCAUUUUCUGGUAUCAACGGAAGUGGAAAACAUAAUAACUGGUCUCUCUCUACCAGUUAUGGCCUGAACCUAUUCGAACCAUCCGAUAAUCCCCGCCAAAAUAUGGUCUUUCAGGUAUUUCUUUGUUGCAUCCUUCGUUCCAUCGAUCUUCACGCGGACUUGCUCCGACUCUCCAUCGCUGUUCCGGGGAACGACCACAGACUCGGCAUGAGCGAGGCACCGCCUUCCGUCAUGACUGUCUAUCUUGGGUCAGAGAUAUCUGAGCUCGUCGAAUACCUGCUCUCUCUUCGGGAGUACGCUAGUAUGGAAAAAGGCAAAGAAACCUCCGAUUCACACAUAGAUCCUCUAUCCAUCCUUCAUAUUGCGCCAUCCGCCGUUGCGCCCUUCAAGCGAGACCGCACAGAUCGUAACAGAACAUCUCCCUUCGCAUUCACUGGCAAUAAAUUCGAGUUUCGUUCUCCUGGUUCCUCUCAAAGCAUCGCUCACAUCGCCACCAUUUUGAACACUAUCUUCGCUGACUCCAUUCGCGCCUUCUCGGACGAACUAGAAGAACUGCUCAAGGCAAGCAGCCACUUAGAAUCCACCGUACUUCAAUUGAUGCAAAAGUUCUUGAAGCAGCACAAACGUGUCACUUUUGAGCUUGACGGCUAUUCGAAAUCUUCCAGACAGCUGGCCGAAGACCUGGGACUUCCGUACUUCGAAGAAACGGUCGUCGCCAUCAGCCAAUUCGUCUCGGAGAAAAACAUACAACUCUUCAGCUCGCUUAAAAUUCUCGCUCCGAAUGAAGUCAAGAUUCGGUACAACAUAUACCUCAGCUACUAUAUCAACGUGAUCAGAAUCGAGGCCAAUUGCGCCAUCAACAUGGUAAACGUGUCUAUCGUGCCAGCCGCCCUCGAAUACCAGAAAAAGAUCGCCGAAUCGGUCCUCGCCACCGCAAAAGCCGGAUCUUUGGACCUGUGUCCCAGUUCCAACGAACCGGUGUUGGACUUACUAAAAAAAGUUAAGCAUCUGAUUGACCAACUCAUCUUGUCCACCAACACUCUCGAGGGUUUGGUUCCAGACUUUCGGCCCCACGCCGACUCGGCGUACCUGCUGUCCGUCGCCGAACAAUGUCGAGAUAAGGUCGGGCCGGCCAUCCAAACUGUCCGCGGCAUCGUCGACCAGCUCGAGGGACUGGUUGACCAACGUCUUUGGCCCUAUCCGAAAUAUUCACAAAUACUAUUUCGAUGCUGAGCCAUUUUUUCUCUGACUCAAUGGCGCUUUUAAGAACGACCAAAUCGACGUCUCGACCCGUUUGCCAAAAUAGGAGGCUAUUUCCCGAAAACAAAAUAAAGGCUUUGGCACAGUCCUAUGUUAGUAGCUAGAUACUAGAAACGUUGAGUACAAAAAUAAAGGAAAACUCGAAUUUCUUACAGUA